CCAAUUCGACCACUUGAGAAGCACUUCUUUGCCUCGUAAAACAAUGACUACCCACGAGACUGCUGUCACACAGUAUAUUGUUGCAAAUGGUACAAAGCUUGCCUAUCGACGGCUCGGGGCCUCAGUUGGAAUACCGCUGGUUAUGAUGAUGCAUUUCCGUGGUAAUAUGGAUUGGUGGGAUCCUGCUUUGAUCAACGCACUGGCGAAAUCUCGUCCUAUCAUAUUAAUGGACAACGCUGGAAUAGGGAAAAGUGAAGGUGAAAUUCCAACUACCCUUCAUGGUUGGGCAGAGCACCUUAUCGCUCUUGUACAGGCUCUGAAGGUACAUCAAAUUGAUCUCCUAGGCUUUUCGAUGGGAGGCGGAGCUGCCCAGCAUGUUGCUCUCGCUGCACCAAAAGGAAUGGUUCGCCGAUUGAUCAUCGCAGGAUCUCGCACAAGCAAAACACCAAACACGGUCAUUGGUCCUCGAAAGAUCUUUCAUCAGCUUGCCCAUGCUGUGACGGAGGAAGAAUUCAAGGAGGCCUUCACUGUCAGUUUCUUCAACCCGUCAGAGCACGGUAGAGCUGCUGCUAAGACUGUGUUGGACCGCAUCUAUGUCAGAAAAGAGGACCGAGCACCGCAUCUUUCCCCAGGUCUUGCAAAGAGGCAGACAGAGGCAUUCACAAAAUUCAGCGUGUCGAGCCCAGAUAAUCCUUACGAAAGAAUACACGAGCUCGACAUGCCAGUUUUGAUAGCCAAUGGAGAUAACGACCUUCUCAUUCCGACAGUCAAUAGCUUCGAGCUUGCUCAACUGCUUCCGGACGCCCAUCUACACAUCUAUCCCAACUCUGGGCAUGGCUUUUUGUACCAGUAUGCCGAGCUGUUCGCAAAACAUGUCGACUUGUUUUUGGACGAGACAACUGGCGAAGAUGGGGAGAAAAUUUUCGAGGCAUUGAAAUCUAGACUGAGCUAG